CAAAUCCAGCAUUCAGUGUAUACACUAUCACACACACACUCACACACACUGAGUGAGCCGAGAGCGCUUUCUGUCUUUCAUUCAUCCCGGUGAAGGCUGCUCACACUUUCUUCUCCUCCUCUCCCCUCCUCCUCCUCUUCCCUCCUUCACGUUGGGAUAGCUUACUUUGUUUUUGUUUUCCCUCCGCGGUGCCUUUUCGGUCGGAGUAGUAGUGGAUGAUAUCAACAGAGAGCUACGUGUCUUCUUACCUCCGCGAUACUACGGACCGGAGCGGAGUCGCUAGAGGACACGCGCAUCACGACAGAGCGCGGCGCGAGGGGAGUUCUUCUUUUGGAGGCUACGGUGCGAUUUAAAAAAAAAAACACACAAAAAAAGAAGAAAUAAAACAAAAAAACAUCCGCGUUGAAGAGCAGCGGUACCACAGAGGCUCCACCUGACAAGAGUCACGCUAAGUUUUGACGGAUUUUACGGCACAGGUGCGUGGAAGGAUUAAACACAGCCGUUUGGCGGAUGGUUGUCGGUUUCGUGGAGAGGAGUCGCUGCCUCUGCGCAAGUCUCAGAUGAAGAUGAAGUCUGCGGGCGUCGUGGAUGGAGGCUUGUUCACAGAGAGCUAUUGUAACAUCUGCAAUGCCCAGCUCAUCUCCGAGUCCCAGCGCACCGCUCACUAUGAGAGUAAGAAACAUGCAAACAAGGUACGUCUGUUCUACAUGCUUCACCCGGAAGAUGGAGGACCACCUUCCAAGAGACUGCGGCCAGAUAACCCAGACUGUGCAGAGACAGAGGUGGACAGGAACAAGUGCUGUACCUUGUGUAACAUGUUCUUCACCUCCGCCAUUGUGGCCCAGUCGCACUACCAGGGCAAAACCCACGCCAAGAGAGUACGCCUGGUGCUGGGGGAGCCGCCAAGCCUACCAACAGCCAUGACCAGCCCUACAAAUACAGAUUCCUCCCCUUCCACCCCGCUGCCCACAGACCCCGCUGCAUGCCCCCCUCCUCCACCUGACCUGGCUUGGCCCCUGGCGGUGGUCGGCGGAAACGGCGGAAGAGAGGCUGGGAAAUACUGCUGCCUUUGCGGAGCCUGGUUCAACAACCCACUGAUGGCCCAGCAGCAUUACGAGGGCAAGAAACACCGCAGGAAUGCAGCCAGAGCGCGCCUCCUGGAGCAGCUAGCGGGCAGCCUGGAUGCCACGGAGAGCACAGGGCUGCGCAGUAGUUACUCCUGCAGUGUCUGCAGUGUGGUCCUCAACUCCAUCGAGCAGUACCAUGCACACCUCCAGGGCUCCAAGCACCAGAACAAGAUGAGCUUUGGCUUGUGUAAGGAGCUUUCCGGAGGAGACGAAAGCACGGCUGACAGCGGCAGGGGAUUAGCUCUCACCGAAGAAACAUCCAUGAAAACUGUCCUGAAGCAACACCAGCAGUAAGCCACAGAGACAGGCCACUCUGAAAGGAAGAAGAGAUGAAGACCGAGAUUAUUGGAAUAAACAACUUCAGAAUAAAAGGACUCAUGUCGGAAACCGAAUAGUAUGAGAAAGUCGUGCAGAGUAACUUCAGUGUGUGUGUGUGUCUGUGUGUGUGUGUGUGGGUAUGGGUGUCCUGGGCAUCCAUGCAUGCAUCUGCAGUAUGCAUGUGUGGGUCAUUGUGAGUGUGUUUAUUUCUAUCUUUGAUCUAAAAAUAUAUCUCGGAGAUUUAUUCAGCACCUAAGUGUUUGAUAUGAGUUCUCAACACCAACAGCAGCCGGAAGACUUCCGGCUGCAUAUUGCCACAUAACUCCUGUGUGAACCACAAUCCUAAAAUUGAACUGAUGUCAGUGCGUUGCCCAGAGUGGUAAUAAUCAUUACAAUGAUAGUCAUAGAGCAGCAGUAAUAAUAACUCUGUUAACUAGCCGUCCCCCAAGUGCUCUGACAGUGAUCCAAGACUUCUGUUUCUACAUGCAUUUCAUACACAGUGAUGGUGGCACAUGCGUGGCUCACUUUCAGACCACUUGAGACCUACUCAGGCCCAGACUUGUAAACCCAAGGACAAGAAAACCCCCAACGACCUCAGCCAUUGCAGACUGCAUGAAUUGCCAUAACUUUAAAAGAGGCAUAUUGGUUUGAAUCUUGUGUUGUCUUUAAAUGUAGUGGAUUGGUGUCACUUUUUUUUUUUUUUUUGAAAUGGUGGAUGUGUCAUUUUGAAUCUUUUCAUGUAUUCCAUAUAAUCAAAACUUUGACAUGUGGCAUGGUUACAGAAGGCAGAGGAGAAAAGCAGCACAAAGACUUUUAAACAACUCCUGCUCUGAGGUGAGGGUCUGUGCAACUUUGUGAAUCAUCUACUGUUGAAAACAUUCCCACAGAACUGAAUACUGAUGUCAGAUGCAGUCCGGAGGUGACAAAAAUUCUCUUCUCUGUUGAGACGGGCGACAUGUAGAUAAUAUUUAUUUUUCUGUUGCUAUGGACAGAGAGGAAAAGCGAAAAAGAAAAAAAAGAAAAACAUCACUCCCAAUCCAUGUAGCAGCCAAUGUACAAUACAACUGGGAUGUAAUUCAAUGCAUGCAAAAUGUACAACGUUGCAUUCACUUGCCUUUUUGAAACCUAUUGCUUGCGCGUUUUGGCAAUAGCGCUGCUUUCUAGUGAUAGCUUCGUAAUGCAUUACUGCACAUGCUUGCACCUGAGCAAAAAGGUCACCUUUUAGUACCGAACUGGCUUCUUUUCAACUGCGAAUUUACUCAUCAAGAAACAAAAAACCUUUUGAUACCUAGAAAUUAAUCACCGCUGUAUAACACCCCUCAUCUGUAGUGUCUUCAGAGUGUCUGUGAAGUGAGUUUUAACUACAGUUUGUAGCAGCAAGAUGAGCGAGGAGAAGACGCUCCACUUUCCCACGCUGACACUGAGCAGCAUUUCUCUAUAAGCUGAGGAAAGGAUUGAAAAAACACUCAGUGCUAAGCUAUCCUCUGUAAGUUCUUGUUGGUUCAAGCUUUUUUUUUCUUUCCUUUUUCUGUAAACACUUAGUUUUAUUUUGUGCUUUGUUCAUUUCACGGUGAAGAGAGUGAACUACGAGUGACCUGAUUAAAAAUUGUUUUUCUUCUGCAGACAUAUGGAUGAGUAAUGGUUUUAUGCAAUCACACUGUAAUAUUAACAACCAUACAAUGAGGGUUUGAAGUGAAGUUUAACAAAGCAGUAUGUGUAAAUAAGCAGUAGCUGCAGGUGAAGUUUGUGUUUUAAGAAGUACGGGAGUUUUGUAUUCAUAGUGUUUAUCUGCACUGAGGGCGAUAAGGGAAAUGUGUUUCUUAUGAGUAUUAUGAAAAAAUACAAAUAUGCUGGCACUGAAAUGAGAAUAAACCGCCUUUGGGUGGGUCAUGUUUAUGAAUUGAUAACCAUCAGUGAAAAUAAAGUCAUCCUGAGCCGAGGAGUCAGUGAUGACGGACCAAAAUCCAGCGUAUGGAAGACAGUGAGUGAUCAUAGCGGGAUUGUGAUAAGCUGUUUUCAUGAGGACAACCACAGUUUCAACAAAGACCGUCCCCUUGGAGAAACAUCUGAUAUGUGACUGUUUUGCCAGUGGAUUCACAAAACAGCCAAAAUGACGCAGGACUACAAACUGUUGGAUUUAAACACCACGUCUAAAAUUACCACCCCCUCUGUUAUCGGUGAUGCCAUGAGAAAAACACAAAAAGUCAUAUGGCAUUUUUUUGAUGUGCAUCAUGACUCUUUUGAUGACUAUUUACACCGAGUCCUUUCUGCUGUAUUCAGAAUAGAAGCGGCGUCUGUGUGUGCCGAUAUCACAGUCUGUGCAGAAGAUGAUUGUGCCAUGAGUCACAGAUUUUACCAGAUGUUACAUAAUAUAUGACAGAGCUGUAUCUAUGGGUAGGAAUUUUGUGAUAUGAUGCUUGCGGGUGGGUGUCUGUGUAUGUGAAGCUGUCAACUGCACUGGCAGUGGGAGACUCGCUGUGAGCUGUGUACCGUGAGCACAUUUGUAAACACACCUGAUGAUGAAUACAAUGAAGAUGACAACUAUAUC